GUCCAGGUCAAAAAUUUCCCAAACCCCCCACCUCGACCUAUUUCUACCUGAACCUCAACACAUCCCUUCUUUCUCCUGCCUCUCUCCCAGAUACCCCUUUUCUUCCUUCUACACAUUCUCCAAACCGCAAAAAUGGGCUUCGCCGACCUUCUCACUGAUGCUGGUGCUGCCAUGCUGAACAGCUGGCUCACCACCCGCUCCUACAUCGUCGGUCACACCCCUUCCCAGGCCGACGUGGUCACCUUCAAGGCCCUCCAGUCUGCUCCCGACGCGGAGAAGUACCCCCACGCCGCCAGAUGGUACAAGCACAUCUCUACCUACGAGAGUGACUUCGCCACCCUCCCCGGCGAUGCUUCCAAGUCUUACUCCGUCUACGGCCCUGAGGCCACCGAGCUCCCCGUGAACCCUGCUAAGGCCCCCGCCGCCGAGGAGGAAGACGAUGACGUCGACCUGUUCGGCUCUGACGAUGAGGAGGAGGACGCCGAAGCUGCCCGCAUCCGCGAGGAACGUCUUGCCGAGUACAAGAAGAAGAAGGAGAACAAGCCCAAGGUUGCCGCCAAGUCGGUUGUCACCAUGGAUGUCAAGCCCUGGGAUGACGAGACUCCCAUGGCUGAGCUCGAGGCUGCUGUCCGCGCCAUCGAGCAUGACGGUCUGGUUUGGGGUGCCUCCAAGCUUGUCCCUGUCGGUUUCGGUAUCAAGAAGCUCCAGAUCAACCUUGUUGUUGAGGAUGAGAAGAUCAGCUUGUCUGACCUCGAGGAAGAGAUUUCAGCCAUUGAGGAUUAUGUGCAGUCGGUGGACAUUGCUGCCAUGCAGAAGCUGUAAGGUGCUUUAUGAUAGAAUGGGAGGGAUGAUUUCACGAGGCAUGAGUUGGAGAUGGAGAUAUGAUAAUCCAUAGAAUCCUCACCCAAAACAAAAAAAAGUCGGGCUCAGGAAACGCGGAGUUUUCAGCACCAGCGGAGGCAAAUGCUCCGCCUACGACAGAGUGCAGGCUUAAGGCUUUCAUGAAUACAAAUGAGGUUAUGAAGACCUUUGAAGAAGUCAAA